UUAAAAUCAGAAUAUUAAACUUUAAUAAUACCAUCUAUUUUUCAAAGGACAGGUAUUAGAUAAUAAAGAAUAGAAAGAGAAAAGUCAUUAGUGAAACAAUUUAGGUAUUAAUUGGAGACCUUGAAAGGUAAAAAUCAAAUUACAUAUUCCUUUUUAACGAAUAUUGAAUUAUUUAGAAAAUUUAAAGAACUUUUUUCAAGUAAAUAUCUUAUUAUUGGAUAAAGAGUGAUAAUGAAACAUGUUUUUUAAGAAGGUCAUUCCUGAUUAAAACUUAAUAGUAUAACAAAUAAUGAAAAUAUACCUUCAAAAGAAAAUAAUCGUUAUAAUUGUUCAAAUACAUAAGGAAAAGAUAACUUAUAGUUUCUUAAUAACAGAUUGAAAUGAAUAAUAUAAUGAAGAUCAAACUGUUAGAAUCAAAUAAAAAAAAAGUUUAAGUUUAACAGAUAGAUAAAUUGUGGUAGGAAAGAAAAAAUUUUCAAUGAAAGGACAAUUAAAAAGCCAUUAGAUGGUGUUUGUUUCAUUUUAUUUAGAAAUAAUGACAUUGCAAAUGUCUAAGAAGAUUUGGAUAAUCAAAUUAUUAAAACUAAG